AUGGCGCGGGCCGGAGCGCGGCGGACAGCGGCCGUGGGCCUGGCGCUGCGGCUGGUGCUGGGCCUCGGGCUGGGGCUGGAGGCCGCGCCGACCCUCUCCUGGACCCCGACCCCAGCGGGGCCCUCGGCGCAGGCCCCAGACCCCAGCGCAGGCUCGUGCCCGCCCACCAGCUUCCAGUGCCGCACCAGUGGCUUCUGCGUGCCCUUCUCCUGGCGCUGCGACAGUGAUAACGACUGUGCGGAUGGCAGCGACGAGGACGAGUGCAGAAUCGAGCCCCCAGGCACCGAGCUGUGUGCCCAGGACGGGCGGUGCCCGCCACCCACUGGCUGCCUGGGUGGCCAGGGUAAGAGCCCUCACAACUGCAGCCCCCGGCCCUGCCCGGCGGGCGAGCUGCGCUGCGCUCUGGGCGGUGCCUGCAUCCCGCGCACGUGGCGCUGUGAUGGCCACCGAGACUGCCCUGACUCCAGUGAUGAGCGAGGCUGUGGGACCAUCGAGACUCUGCAGGGAGGGAAUGCCACAUCCACGGGGACCCCUGUGAUCCUGGAGAGUGUCACUGAUCUCAGCAAUGCCGGGGACCAGGACUUGGGCCAGUCCAGAAACCAAAGUGCCCUAGGGGUCAUCGCAGGCGCUGCGAUGUUGAGUGCAGUCCUGGCUGCUGCAGCCCUCCUGGCGCUGUGCCAGCUCCUUGGCCCGGGGCGUCUGCUGAAGGAUUCCCUGCUGAUGUCGGAAGACAAGUCCUUCCUCCUCUGAGACCCAGCCUGGUGAUCCACUUCUGGCUGCCAUGAACCAUCUGGUCCUCAUCCCCUCCCACCCUCAUCCUCUUCCAUCAAGCCCCCUCUGCACUGACCUGCUGAUACUCCUCCAAGAGGGGGAUGGAGCCAUGAUGGAGGAACUGUGGGCAGGGGCUGGUGGGUAGCCUUGGGGAUUGGGCUCUUCUGGUGACGCAGCACUGCCUCUCUGGGCUCCCACAGACCGGACCCGGGAGAUUGAGGGUCCCUAGAUUCUUCCUCUGGGCUCAAGGAGCUUGGACAAGGAUCACGUUACCCCAGGACAGGGGGACUGGCCUCCGGCCGCUUCUGGAUCCUUCCAUGGGGUGGGAUAGCUCAGUGGUUGGACACUCCGGCUACCCCCCAUCUGAUAAUGGUGAUUAAAGGUGGCUCCCCUCUUC